GUCUGGGCCCCACUUGUUCUUAGAAACAAUCAAUAUUGUUAUUUCCUUUACUACGAAAUAGCAAACAAAUUUGUCAUUUUGUUGUGUAACUCGCGCCCGUCUAGUACCUAGUGAAUAUGUGAGAAAUAACAAACGAAAUGGAGAAUAGUGGAAAAACAAAUGCAUUGGCUUCAACGAAAGUAACAUCGCCAUUUUAUGAACCGCCGCCAAGGAAGACCAGUGCGGAUAUUAUUAAUGAAGCGAAAGCGGCAAUUAAAGAUUCCCAAAUGGUCGACAAUUCUUUUGCGUCUGCUUCCAUUAAACCAUUGCAAACUCAACGACCGUUCACUCCGCGCGAAAAGGAAAGGAUUUUGUUUGGGCAUAAGAGAAAGUCAAAUAGGCCUCCUAGCUCUUUCAGUUUGAGAUAUCUACAGGAGACCGACUUUAACACAAACACAAUAGCUGACAAUGCAGACAGUGAAAACAAUACAAUCUGCACCAUUGAUAAAGAUGCCCAAAUUACGAAGAAACAAAACGCAUUUAAAACACAGAGAUCAAACUCGCUAUCGAAAAUAGGGGACGGCAAAAUUUUCGAUGUAGGAUGCCACAAAAUCAAACUACCAGCUCUCGAUGCGCUAAAAGUGGUACAAAAAAAGGGAAUACACAAAAAUACAUUUUCGUUGGACAAUCUACCCGAGGAGUAUGAAGAAUCCGUCGAGCCGCCCGUGGUUAACCGAAACGCGUUCAGCUCCCCACAGGAGCGGACCGAUUUCAACGAGAACUCCCCUUUCGGUCGACCGUCGCAACAGCAGAAUAACCUGUCCCAGUGCCUUUUGCUGGGCGUCGAAAAUUUAAAUAAACUGUUUGAGAAUAAACAAAUUGUAGAAAAUUCUGAAACACUCUUUGUAAAAACAGGUUAUUUAAAUAAUGUAACGCGAACAGAAAAUGAAAAGUCGUCUCUAGAUGUUUACAAAGAGAGAACGAUGGAGAACAUAAUCGAAUCGUUAUCUAAACACCAUAAGAAUGUGAAAGACGAGGUAAUAGUGCAAUCGUUGCGCGAUUUAUACGAUUGCAUGGAGCAAAAGAAGUUUCUUUCGACUUCUGUCGAUUCGAAGACAAAGAUUUGUAUUUUGAAGUGUCUGUACAGGUUUGUCGAGUCGCCGAACGAACAGCUCCUGUUAAAUAUUGCGAGGAUUAUUUUGGCAUUGAAGGUCACCGGCAAUAAUCUAAGUGGCGUCUGCAAGUUGAUAUUUAAAGUCUCCAAGAAUGACAAAAACGACUCCCUGUUUCUAGAAGGAAAUAUUCUGGAUUUGUUUGUCGACGCGUUGGGACGCUCUAGCCCUCUCGACGACGGAGAGGCGUGCGUGUACGGUUACGGAUCUGUCAAGUUUUUAACGAUGAAUUCAAAGCUACUCAAAAAGAUUUUGGAUCUGGGCAUACUGCAGCUGAUGGUCCUCCAUAUCAAGAUUAUUAAUAACGCCAGACAGGAAAAGGUGCACAUUCCCGAACACACCGAGCAUGCGCUGUUUCAAUUGACGGGUGGCCUAAGGAACUUGGCCGCCGAUGAGAGUGUCUAUGACGAGUUUAUAUCGACCGAUACCGUAUUCCAGCUCUGCACCACUUUGGAGUUGUUCUCAUCCAACUUGGAUAUCGUCAGCAACAUUUCGAGAACGUUAAGCACAAUUUCGAUGAACGACAAUUGCUGCGAUAAAAUUGGAGAGUUUGCCGAAAUAUCGAAAAUAUUUGUCAAGUUAUUCGAAAAAUAUCCGGGGAACGAGGAAAUUAUUGUAAGGUUGGCGUACACCUUGGGGAAUGUACUUGCCAAAUUGGACAGUUCGCGUAUUAGAUUCUUUCACGAGAAGAACUCAAUUUCUUCUCUAAUUAGCUUGUGGAAGAUAUAUUUUGAGCGGACGCUGAAAAAUUGCUCGUUAAAAUUCGAUACUGAAUGGGAGUCGACAAGCAACACUGAAGAUGUCAUGAUAAAGAUCAUUCGAAUCGUCGCCAAUAUUGCCAUCAACACGGACAUAGGAAAAUCUAUGAACGAGCAGUACGGAUUGCAAUUAAUCGACGAAUUCUUAAAGGUUUUGAUUAGUAACCCGUUCAAAAAGAACGACGAGCUUAUAUUAUCGGUCUUGAGCACACUAAACAAUUUGUCUUAUUACUACACGGCCGAAUUCGAUCGAGACAUUUUUCACAUCAAACAGGUCGAUAUAAUGGAAGCAAUAAGUGAAUACGUAAAUUGCCAAAAUGUCGACUGUGUCAUCGAGGCCAUACGAAUAUUAGGGAACUUAUCGCGGUCGAAAAUUACGCGUAGUUACGUGAUUCAAAAAAACAUCUUCAGUCAACUUAUUAAGAUCUUGGACGAAGAUAAUUUAAAUCUACUAAAAACGACCGUUGGUGUCUUUGUCAACUUAAUGGCGGACAACAAGAAUCGUGUACUGUUCAAAAACAGCGGGGGGACUGGCAAACUAAUACGGAUACUUAACCAGUAUGGGUCGUACGACUGGGUGUUGACCAUGCUCAUCUGUCAAGUGUUGUGGAACUUUUGUAUCGACACCGUUAACUUGUACGAGCUGAUUUCCGAUAACGAAAUGCAACAGUUGUUAUCCAUUUUGGCAGACUUUUUAGAUGAAGAGAAAUUGUUCGGUAUAACGGAUACAAACGAAGACUUAGAAAUUUACUCUGCGCCUGAUUACAUGAUUUGGGAGGAGUUUGCGAAUGUCGCUACAAACUUACUGGAAAAAAUCGAACAUUUUUUGGACACUUUGGAGCAGAUAGAGUCCGCCGGUAAUAUUAAAACGAAGGAUUCGAAUACAAAUCUUAGUUUUGCUGCGUGGUAAUUAUAUAGUAAUAGUGCAUACAUUUUUUAUUAAAGAUAUUGUUAUUG